UUUCCGGGUGGCUUUAGGAAGAACAGCUUCACCAGGCGAUUCAAGAUGAGUAAGCGAUUAAAAUCUCAGGGGGCUGUGGAACCCCAAGGGAGCAGCUCCAACCCUUUGCCCGCCUUCCUAAUGAAGCUGUGGACCAUGGUGGAAGAUGAGGACACCAACCACAUCAUUUUCUGGAGUGUGAGUGGCUCCAGUUUCAUUGUGUCAGACCAGGCAGAGUUUGCCAAGGAGGUGCUGCCCAAGUACUUCAAACAUAACAACAUGGCCAGCUUUGUGCGUCAACUGAACAUGUAUGGCUUUCGGAAGGUGGUGAACUUCGAGCACAGCGGGUUGAUGAGGCUGCAUCAUGACUUCAUUGAGUUUCAGCACUCUUAUUUCCUGCGGGGACAAGAGCCCCUCCUAGAUUUCAUCAAGCGCAAGGUGAAAGUGGACCAGAAGAGGCUAGAAACUCAGGCCCUAGGGUUUAAGAACGAGGAGCCGUGGGUGCAGCAGGUGGAUCUGAACCAGCUGCUGAAUGAGAUGCGGAUCCUGCAUGAGUAUUUUAACUUGUCCAAGAGCCAGCUUAAAGCCCUAAAAGAGCAGAUAGAAAGUCUGUGGCGGGAGAUCAUACUUCUCAGGCAGAACUGCACUCAGCAGAAGGAGUUCAUCAAAAAGCUGAUCCUGUUUAUAUUUGAACUAAUCCAAACCACGAAGACCAAGAAGGGGCCCAGUGGGGUCAAAAGAAAGCUGUCCUUGGAGGCGGGAAUGACCAACUCAUACUCUGAUGGAGCCAUGGCUAGCCAACCCCCAGCUGAGGAGCCUCACCCUGGCCCUUCUUACUUCACCCAGUCGCCAUCCUCAGAGCCCAUCCCUGGCCCCAGCUGCCAAGAGCAGGAGUUGGAACCAUUCAUCACCGAUGUGACCGAGGCUUCAUUUCUGCCUUCCCUGUUCAUGCUGACUCCAGCCCAGAAUGAGAAAGGAGAGUCCCAGGAGGUCCUGGAAGGUUUGGACCUGAACCUGGAUGGCCUGCAGCAGGUGGUGAGAAGCCAGGAGAGCAACUCAGAGACUCUGAAUGGGGUGGAACUCUUCAGCAGACUCUUCACAGAAAGCGAGCUGAACUUACUCUUGGACAUCACCAUGCCCUCGGCCCAGCUGCUCACUGAGAAUAUGGAAGGAGAUGUAGCUGGCAUGGAGCCUCCCUCGUUCAGUUCAGGAGGCCCCCCAAGGAGCAUGGGCAACACCAAUGAGAAGCCAUCGGAAAUUAUUCAGCGGGAGCGGAAGCGGCUGGUGCAGACGCUUCAGGAGGACUCGGGGCUCCUGCUGGAUGGGCUGCUGGCCCAGGGUGUGCUGACCGAGCCUGAGUAUGAGGUCUUGGAUGCCAUUCCUGACCCUGAGCGCAGAAUCCGCCGCCUGCUGGUCUUGGUGCAGCAGAAGGGGGAGUUUGCCUGCCGGAAGUUGCUGGAGUGUGCGGCUCAGAACCAGCCCGAUCCCUACUGGGAUUGGCAGCAAACGGGGCAUGGAUAUGGCAAUCUGGACCGAAGAUGGGACUCCCCAAGCAUGGAAGACAGGAGGGCGGACGUGCCUAUGAUCCCAGAGGAUCAAGGGGCAGAGAUGCUGACACCCUCGGAGAUUUUGGAGGAAAACGAGAUUGAAGAGCCCCCAGAAUCAAGAUUCCUGGAGGAUAUAGAAAAAGUGGAUGAAGAUUUGCCUGAAAUCUUGGAGGAGGAGAUCGAGCCCGAGGACCCAGAGGUAGAGGGAAGCCUGGGUCUAGAGGCCGACUUGGAAGAAGCUGGAGGAGGAGGAGGAGGAGGCGGAGAAGAAGGGGAAGAAGAAGAUUCCUAAUUAAGUUGCCAGAACAAGACUUCCUAAGGAUCCUGCCCUUCCCUCAGAGGAGUGAAGGUUUUUUCGUUUUUUUUCCCCAAACCCUGUUCUGCCUGGCCAUAGAGUCCCUGCCUAGGGCACUUAAAUCAUGAGUUCUCUCCAAAGGUAUGAAAAUGCGCUUCAGUUUCCCAAGCGCUUUCAAGUACCUGAUUUGGGCCUCAAAUUAUCUCAAGUAAUGUCCCGAUGAGGCCCCCUUCCUGAGCCCCAGUUUCCCCCUCCCUGUGGAAUAAAUGCCAAGAAACUGGUGGUGGGAGAGAGGUAGUGUGCCAGAGGCAACAGGCUCUAAUUUUUGACUAUCUGGCCCAUUACUCAACUGUCUGACAUGAAUAAACUUCGGUCGUUA